UGGAAUUUUGCAUGGACGACGAGAAAGAACGAAAAUAAAAUAGGUGCCGGUCCCGGGCCGGGAGAUCAAGUCAGAGCAUUUCGGUCGGUUCAAACCUGAAAGAGCUGACGGAUCCUCCAAAGCCAAGGCGUGGAGUGGAGUAGUACUCCAUUCUACUCCAGAUAUCUUCUUCGUCUUCCUCCCGUCCGGCGGUCCGGUCCUCCGUUGGCGUUGGGGAAUUCUUCCUUGGGCAUCAGGUUACUCCACAGGAGUAAGAGAGUGAGAGGGGGAGAUUGCUUCAUGAAUUGGACAACUGUCAUAUUAUGCUACUGAAAGAAACUUAAUUUCAUUUCCUUUUGUUGUGGAGUAUUUGUGUCAUCAUCAUCAUCAUGGCCGGAAGCUCGGAUUAUCGGCCUUUUAACCUGGCAGCAAGAGUCGUAGGAAAGAGACGACGACUCAUACUACCUGCCAAGUUGAAGUCAGCGAUACCCGCCAUUGCUCUGGUUCUGUCGGCCGUGACCAUUGUUGGUGUCAUAACCCAGCACCACCGGAUCACCUACUUCCUGCGCCCACUGUGGGACACGCCGCCCAAGCCAUUCACCGUCAUCCCGCACUACUACGCCCCCAACACCUCCAUGGCGGAGCUGUGCGCGCUCCACGGCUGGCGCGCCCGCGCCUCCCCUCGCCGCGUCUUCGACGCCGUCCUCUUCAACAACGAGCUCGACAUCCUGGAGAUCCGCUACCGCGAGCUGCUCCCCUACGUCCACAAGCUGGUCAUCCUGGAGGCCAACGCCACCUUCACCGGCAUCCCCAAGCCGCUCUCCUUCGCCGAGAACCUGGAGCGCUUCGCGUUUGCGAGGUCCAAGAUCGUCUACGACAGGCUCCCCAUCGCCACACCGGGGUCACCAGGUCGGCGGGAAGAGCCGUUCGACGUGGAGGCCGGGCACCGGCGCGCGCUGAACGCGCUGCUGCGGCGGUCGGGCGUCGCGGGCGGGGACGUGGUGAUCAUGGCGGACGCGGACGAGAUCCCGAGCCCGGAGACGGUGCAGCUGCUGCGGUGGUGCGAGGGGGUGCCGCCGGUGAUGCACCUGCAGCUGGAGAACUACGUCUACUCCUUCGAGUUCCCCGUGGACCGCGGCAGCUGGAGGGCGACGGCGCACGUCUUCAGCGAGCGCACGGCGUACCAGCACUCCCGGCAGAGCGACCUAAUGCUGGCGGACGCCGGGUGGCACUGCAGCUUCUGCUUCAGGGAGAUCGCGGAGUUCGCGUUCAAGAUGAAGGCGUACAGCCACGCGGACCGGGUGAGGCGGCAGAGCUUCCUGGACCCGGCGAGGAUCCAGCGGGUCGUCUGCGCCGGCGACGACCUGUUCGACAUGCUCCCGGAGGAGUACACCUUCAGGGAUCUCUUGAAGAAGAUGGGGCCAAUACCCAGGUCGGCGUCGGCCAUGCAUCUGCCUUCCUAUUUGAUCAAGAACGCACACAGGUUCAGCUUCUUGCUUCCUGGUGGAUGCUUGAGAUCAGGUUAAAACAAUCACUGUUUUGUUUGUGAGUUUCUGUCACCCGGCAAACCUUACUCACUGAUAGAUGUCACCGAUAUGCUGUUGUUUCUAAAUGUGCAAAGUGUAUCUCGUUUGAUGUGAAACAGUAUUAAUCUAGACAUGAUAUACAGUUUACAUUUUUUUAGGCAAUACAUUUUUGUUUAGUUUGAGGAACUGAAUGGGUAAGAUUGCAGUCUAUUCUAUCGA